AUGUGGACUUAUACUGCUGCUAGGGACACACUCAAACCAGGUGACACUCUCAAUUCCACAAGUUCAUUAUGUUCUGCAAAGGGGAAGAUCUGUUUGGGUUUCUUUGUGUACGACAGUCUGAAUUCCAGCCAGUUGGGCAUAACUGCACAAAAUAACCACCAAUGGAUUGCCAGCCGAGACAUGCAUAUUUUAUACCCGACAGGAGUUCUUACCUUGGACAAGAACAAAACAUUGAAAAUUAUGGACCAAGGUGGGACUAGGUUGGAGCUUUGCUCUGCACCGAAAACAGCUGGCAAUGUUCUGGCUACUCUUCUAGAUUCUGGCAAUUUUAUCCUACAAGAAGUGAACUCUGUCGAUGGAUCGACCACUCAAGUUUUCUGGCAAAGUUUUGAUUAUCCAACAGACACCCUUUUACCAGGCAUGAAAUUAGGUGUUAACCAUAGAAAUGGUCACGUUUGGUCACUAGCUUCAUCAUCAAGUAAGUACAACCUGGAGCCAGGGCCUUUCACCCUUGAAUGGGAUGCCAAAGGGCACAAACUGAAGAUUAAGAGACGUGGGGUGGUUUAUUGGACUAGUGGAGCCUUUACGAGUAAGAGGUUUAAGCUGAUCAUGAUGAGGUAUAAUGUUAGCAUCGUUUCAAACGAAAAUGAAGACUACUUCACUUACACUGCUUUAAACCAAAGUUCUCCAUCACAGUGGUUGCUUACUGUGGGAACCGAAUUAAAUCAAAACCCUAGGGCAGAUAAUUCCUUCAAUUUGGGAAUUAUUUGA